AUGUCGCAACUUCCGUCUAUCCGCUGGGGAAUCUUAACGACCGGCAAGAUCGCCUCCUGGUACGUCUCUGACCUCGUCUUGCCUCGCCCCGACGCAAAAGUCCGCCAUGUCGUCCAAGCGAUCGGGACCUCAGAUGUGAAUAGAGGGAAAACAUUUGCGCAGCAAUACUGUCCUGACGAGAACCCCAAAAUCUACGGUCACUAUGAGGACGUCUACGCCGACCCAGACGUCGACAUUGUCUACAUCGGAACACCCCACGCCUUUCACAAGAAGAACUGCCUUGACGCGAUCGCAGCGGGUAAGCAUGUUCUCUGCGAGAAGCCGUUCACCCUUAACGCCCGCGAGGCAAGAGAGGUCUUUGACGCAGCCCGACAGAAAGGCGUGUUCAUUGCUGAGGCGAUGUGGCUUCGUCAUCGCCCGCUGACCAAGACUCUCCAGCGCGUUUUACACGAGGAAAAGGCUAUUGGUGAUAUAUUCCGCGCAACUUCGUCCUUUGGAGGGUAUAUGGAUGUCCCCAAUCUGCCGCUGGACAAGUACUACCGCCAGAAUGCGAUGGGCGCGGGCUCGCUACUGGACAUGGGGAUCUACUCUUUGACCUGGGUGAUGCUGAGUCUCGAUCCUGAGCUCACAGCAGACCGUGCAAAGCCGACGAUCCUGGCAGCGCAAACUCAUUGGGAGGAUAUCGAGAUCAACACCAGUGCGAUUCUUCAGUAUCCGUCCACGGGCAGACAGGGUAUCCUCACCUCUACAACGCUGGAAAACGGCAACCCCGACCUGCUUGCCCGGAUCCAUGGCACUUCUGGGUCUGUUGAAGUCCACGGUGAAUCUCCCUCACAUCCGCUGGCGUUCACCGUCUAUCCACCCUUUGGAGGAGAGUCGGGCCUAAACGUGGACCGCGGCCAGGGCAAGACGUACGACUUCCGGCAUCCUGGGCGGGGAUUCCAGUUCCAGGCGGACAAUAUUGCGCUGGAUGUAUUGAAUGGACGAUUGGAGAGUUCUAUUAUUCCACAUGCUGAGACUAUGCGGGUGAUGGAGAUUAUGGAUGAGAUCCGGCGGCAGGGAGGGACGAAGUAUCCAGUGGAUUAG